AUGAGUGGUGUACCAAGGGUCUGUGUCAGUGUCCGUGGUCCACUAAGGUGUACCAAGGGUCUGCGUCAGUAUCCGCGGUCCUCCCAGGUGUACCAAGGGUCUGCGUCAGUGUCCGCGGUCCACCCAAGUGUACCAAGGGUCUGCGUCAGUAUCCGUGGUCCAUCCAGGUGUACCAAGGGUCUGUGUCAGUGUCCGUGGUCCACUAAGGUGUACCAAGGGUCUGCGUCAGUGUCCGCGGUCCACCCAGGUGUACCAAGGGUCUGCGUCAGUGUCCGCGGUCCACCCAGGUGUACCAAGGGUCUGCGUCAGUAUCCAUGGUCCACCCAGGUGUACCAAGGGUCUGCGUCAGUGUCCGCGGUCCACCCAGGUGUACCAAGGGUCUGCGUCAGUAUCCGUGGUCCACCCAGGUGUACCAAGGGUCUGCGUCAGUGUCCGCGGUCCACUCAGGUGUACCAAGGGUCUGCGUCAGUGUCCGCGGUCCACCCAGGUGUACCAAGGGUCUGCGUCAGUAUCCGUGGUCCAUCCAGGUGUACCAAGGGUCUGUGUCAGUGUCCGUGGUCCACUCAGGUGUACCAAAGGUCUGCUGACAUCUAUCGGGUGACGCAUGAACUAGCUGGUACGAGAUGUCUACGCGCGCCAUCUACUGAGAGUAACCUGUAG